AUGCCCAACAUGACAUCCUGCAGGAUGCUUUCUUUCACCGCCUACUGGUCGGGUUCUAUCGGCCUCCUGGUGGCCGCACCUCCGUGUCGCGACUACUCCAUCCUCAAACUGGCGCCCGGGGGCCCACCCCCUUGCCGAUCUCCAGAGCACAUGGACGGCCUACCGUCCAACUCGCCCAAACUCCAGCAUCGAGCCCUUGAAAGCAAAACCAUACACCUGAGGUGCCAUGAGCUUUGCCGCGCUGUUGCGGCAUCGGGGGGCAUCUGGGUUUUGGAAAACCCGCCCACAAGCAUGGCCUGGCUAGAGCCCUCCUGCCAACAACUGCUUCAGUCAGCAUCGGCCCAUGUCGUGCACGUCGAUGCCUGCACACACGGAUGCAUGUGGUCCAAAGCUUGGGCUUUUGCCUCCAACAGCCCGCACAUACAGCCCUUACAGUCCUCAUGCAGGCACACCUUCCAGCACGCGUCAAUCAGAGGCAAGAGGGACCAAGCAGGCAAUUUCAUUAGCUCGCAAACAGCCGAGUAUCCAGCAUCUCUGGCACAAGCCCUUCUGGGCUGUUUUGGCUUCCUCUGGCCCCAACCAGGCGGGCCGGCAGAAGCAAUACCGGACUCCCCGCCGCCUCAGACGCACAUGGCAUCGAGUGGCCCGAAAGCCCCGAUCUGCAACGGAGCUGGCCUACGCAGUUGCGCAGACUGCUCAAUGCCCAGUCACAAAGCCAGCCCGCUGAAGCCUCUGUCGUCGGUGCUCCAGAAGUGGUGUCUGGAUGGGGACAGAUACAAGCGCAUCACUGCACACCUCGCACAGGGGAAACCCGAACACCCCGUCUCAGAGACGGAGCAAGAGGCCCUCAUGGAAGAAGUAGCCUUGGCCCUGCACAUGCACCCCUCCGUGGCAUGCCAGACAGAGGAGGGACAGCCCUUCCGCCUCUCGUUGCUUGCCCAUCUUGCACAGCUCACGGCCGACAUAGACCGACACCUUCCCUCAAUCCUCCAGGAGGGAGUGCCCACGGGCAUCUUCGAGCCCAUUCCUAGCAGCCAUCAGUGGCCCUCCGUGGAUGGGGGGCAUCCACUGGACAGGUGCCUAAAGGAGUGUGACUCCAACUGGAAGAACGCCGAAGCCCAACCCGGCCUACUCCAGCAGCUCAUUGACGAGGAGAUAGCCCAGGGGUGGGUAGCCGAAGUCCACGGAGGCGAAGCCGCCGCACGCCUACGUGGCCCAAGGGCAUAG